GCCAGCUGGCUGCCACACACCCUGAGUUGGCCUACAUAUGCACACUGCCGGACUUGCCAUGAAUAUGCUGGCCGACGACGACGACGACGACGACGACGACGACGAGAAUCCCACGCACGGCCCCUCCGCCGAAGGGCUGCGCGAACAGCUGACCAUGUUCAUGACCAUCGCAGCCCUCCUCGCUGGUUUCGCAGUGGGGCUUGCCACCACCGUUUCGUCCGAGGAGAUCCGCGCGUACGCUCGCUGGGAGCUCAGGACCUUUCUGGGACGCAACUCGACGCUCUGCGAAAAGUACGAGCCGCUCGGGCUCAUCGAGACGGACGGCGGCCCCACACACGGCCUCCGCACUUGCAACCCCGACACGGGCUGCUGGGAUGGCUACGCAUCAUGGGGAACCCGCGCGCCCGACUCGCCGCUGGUGCGGGACGGGCUCGACCAGUGCUCCGCGCGUGCCGAGGGUCUCUUCUUUGAGGACCUGGUGCUGGCCAAGGAGGUGAUAACCGACCAGGAACUGGGCAGAAACACAAUGAUCGUCAUCUGGGUGACGAUGUUCGUUGAGAUGCUCGGCACAGUUCUAUUCUUCAGCCUGCUCAGAACCUCCUCGGAAGGGGGCGAGGUGGCCAUCUGGCACUCGACGUUUGGCGCCUUCCUGUUCGUGCUCUACUUUCUCCCGGUCCUUAACUUCUACAACUUCCUGAUGCUCGCGUCGCGCGUGGUCAAGGUCAAGUUUGUGCACUGCGACGACGACUUCACGGGCGCCUGCUGGGUGGAGGAGACGCCCAUGUUCAACCGCCUCGCUCUCGCGGCUUGCUUGCUGGUCGUAGUUGUGCUCGCCCUGCAGACGCGUCUCUC